UUACUUCUAAAUAUAGUCUUAACCUUUGUUCUUUCUUUCUCUCUUCCGAAACUUUUUCUGUGCCACGUUCCAUUCAUAUUUGGUUUUCUCAAGGGUAUUCUAGUAAAAACAGUUACUGUGUGAAACACACAACAAAUCUGAAAGCUGGAAUUAUCACUCUGUUCACUCCUUAUUGGCUGCACCUCCACAGCAACAAAAUCCAAUGCUAUUUUAUAUUCAAUCCUUUUCUCUCUUGAACCUUCCUAUAGAGGUUUCUUCACUUUCAUUUCUACACCUCCACUCUCUUCACUACACGCUACAUUAAAUCCACACCCCCCAACACAACAACAAAAAAUUGUUGAAGUAGAGGAAUUGUUGAAGAAGAAGAAGAAGAAAAGAAUGGAAUCAGAUCUUCAGCAGCAUCCAACUAUGUUUCUAGAUCAUCAAAAUCAUCAUCAUCAACAACAAAUGAAUUCAGGGUUAACACGGUUUAAAUCAGCUCCAAGUUCAUAUUUUUCGAAUAUCAUUGAUAAAGAGUUUUAUGAGCAUCUUUUCAAUAGACCUUCAAGUCCUGAAACAGAAAGAGUUUUUGCAAGGUUUAUGAAUAGUCUUAGUGGAAGUGGUGGUAGUGGUGGUGGUGGUGGUGGUGAUGCUGAAAGUGUUUCUGUUACAGCUUCUAUAGCUCCUAUAACUGAUUCAGUAGUUGAUUCAUUGACUCAGCAGCUUCCUAUAGUGAAGGAAGAGAUUGAUCAACAAUCUCAAACUAUGCAAACAAUGAAUAAUAAUAAUAAUAAUAAUAAUAAUGAAGCUGUGGAUCUUCCACAGCUUCAAAGACAACAAAGUAAUAAUAUGAGUAAUUAUGGUUCUUCUGCUGCUCCUCAGAGUUUUUACCAUAAUUCAGGAAGACCACCUUUGCCGAAUCAAAUGAAGACCGGUCGGUCUAAUCUUAUUAGACAUGGUAGUUCACCUGCUGGAUUGUUUUCAAACAUUAACAUUGAUACUGGUUUUGCUGCUAUGAGAGGAAUAGGAACUAUGGGAGCUGCUAAUAGCACUAGCAAAGAAGCAAAUUUUUCUUCUUCUGUGGUACGGUUAAAGAAUGCUCCAAACUAUGCCUCAGCGUUAGGAGCUGAAAUUGGGAGUAAUAGCAUUCCACAAAACAAUCUUGAACCUGAAGGUUUUGCUGAAACCCGGGGUAACGAUUUUAUCCCAGGUUUCCCUCUAGGUACUACAUGGGAGGAUACUGCGAUGAUAUCUGACAAUAUUACUGGCCUGAAAAGAUACAGAGAUGAUGAUGAUGUAAAACCAUUUCCUCCAGGUUUAAAUCCAGCUGAAACUAAGAAUGAAACAGGAGGCCAGACUACUUCUGCUCCUUUGGCUCAUCAGAUGAGUAUGCCAAAUACUACGGCCGAAUUGGCAGCCAUUGAGAAGUUUUUGCAGUUCUCAGAUUCUGUUCCGUGCAAAAUUCGUGCUAAACGUGGCUGUGCCACUCACCCAAGAAGCAUUGCAGAAAGGGUUAGAAGAACUAAAAUAAGCGAGCGAAUGAGGAAACUACAGGAUCUUGUGCCAAACAUGGAUAAGCAAACAAACACAUCAGACAUGUUGGACUUGGCUGUUGAGUACAUUAAAGACCUACAAAACCAAGUUGAGACUCUUUCAGACAAUCGGGCUAAGUGCACGUGUUCACACAAGCAACAACAAUAAGGGAAAAGAAUUAAAGGAUGAUGAUAAGAGAGUCAGAGUUUUUUGUACAGAUUUUGUUGUAAUAAUAUGGUCUAGAAAUUAGAGCAGCUUAAUUUUCAGAUAUAAUAAUAUUUAUGAUGUUGUCACUUUUUCUAUGGUUGUUUGGGAAUGGUGGGGAAUGAGAUCAUAAAAGUUGACUUUUAUUAUAAGAUCAUAUAAUUUGAUGAUGAUGAUGUAUGUCACAUGUCACAUAUGCAAAGCAUUGUGUACAAAAAUAUGAUGAAGCAAGUUUAUUAUGUUGCCUUUACACUUUAGGGCCCCCAUUUUGAGGGAAUGGAGGAUUUUGCAUUUUCA